AUGGCUCAAAAAUUACCGUCAAAUACACCACUGGUAACAAACAAAUACAUUUUUUCCAGAUUUUUUAUGGUAAAAGAUGGGUUUUUAGUAUAUUAUUCUGAAAGUGAAAAGAAAGAGUUUGAUAAGAGAUUACAUUUCAAUGUUCAUCCCAAGGGAAUUAUACCACUGGGUGAGAGUGAAUUUAAACCAAUACAAGAACCAGGCCAUCCUUUCGCUUUCCAGAUUGACAGCACUGAACUUAGUGGUAAAUUAAUUCUUGCUGCAGAAAGUGAUUAUGAGAGAAAGAAAUGGUUGGAUAUGCUGGAGAAUUCUAGGAGGGUGACAUGGAAGAAUACAUGCCUAGCUGAUGAAAUGAUUAAAACAUUAGAAUCUCAGGGACUAGAAAUGGCUAGAGAAAAACAAGAUUAUUUUGAUAGAUUAGUAUCAGAAGUCAAUGCCUUGUCAGAAGAGAAGAUGAGAACAGAGGAAUUAGCUCGUGUUAACAAUGAAUUAGAAAAGGAAAAAGAAAAAUUAGAAAAAUUUACUACAGAAAUCAGAGAAGAAUAUGAUAGAUUAAAAGAAGAAUUGGAUGAAACCACAUCAGCAAUGUCUGCUUUAGAUGAAGAUAACCAACAAUUGUCAUAUUUAUUAACCGAACAACAUAACCAACUUGAGUCGUUAAAUGGUGAAAAAGAAAAUAUAUUAAAGAAGAUGAAGAACCAUGUUAAAAUGACGUCGAAAUUAAGUAUAGAGAAUAAAGAAAUGUCCGAAGAGAAAAAUGUUUUAAACGAAAAAUUAAAAGAAAUUGAAAGACAACAACAGGAAUUGAUGAAUGAAAAAUAUGAAGCUGAAGAAAGAAUCCGACAGAAUCAGGAUAUGUCUAAACACAUAGAAGAAGAGAAAAUAGCUUUAAAUGAACAUGCUCAGGAAUUAGAAUCCACAAUUAAGGAUUUAGUUCAACAGAAAGAAUUAACAGAAACAGAAUUAAGGGAAGAGAUUAAAGCCAGAUUAGCAGCCGAGACGAGAUUAAAAGAUGCUGAAGUCUCAUUGAAUAAAUUAGAUACAGCAGUUCAGAGUAAAACAGCAGAAAUAGAUGAUGAGACGAAGGAAGAGAUGACAGUUAAUGUUAGAAAAUUAAAACAAUUUUUUGAAGAUUUAGCAGAAGAGGCCAAGUUUGCAGCAGAUAAACCAAUUAUUGUGAAGAAUGCCGUAUAUGCCAGAAAAACCAUGGUGAGGAGAGCCCAAACUCUAAAAUUUGAAAGGAGAAAACGUUCUACUAGGAGCCAAACGCAAGUAGUAUCCAUGGAUAUGAAAUUAUUAAUGAAAUCAGAUAGACCAAUACGUCGAUCCCACACUAGUGUAGACUCUUUAACUCGUGACAGAUUACAGACAAAAUCACUACCAGAGGAGAGCAUCGGAGAAUGAUUAGAGACGAUGAUGUUAACCAACACAAUCAACCUUUAAAAAUUAAUUAUUUGGCUAUUUGGUGUUCUGGAGUAGCGUUUUUGAAGAACAGCUUGUGAUGUUGGUUUUCUAAGCUGAUGUGACAGAUCCAUUAAUAAUUACAGGGCAUCCAAUCCAGUAUCUACAAUAGUGUUUUCAUAUGGACAGAUAAUUUGACCAAUAUUUUGCCAUUACUAUUUUAGCAGUUUGAAAAUUCGCUACGCCUUGGUUCUUAACAAACACUGUGAAAAUUUGUGAACCACAAUUCACAUCCAAACCACAGCAGUGUUUCAAUUCAUCUAGUAGAAACAUACAGACCCAAAAUGUUAUGGGGCAAAAUGCAUCUUAUAAUGUUUUAAAUAUAACUUAAUUUAUAUUAAAUUUUCUGAUAUUCUAAAAUUUAAGGUUAAACUGAGAGACAUGUGUUGGAACAAGACAUGAACUACAAAAAGACAGGAAAAGAAGUAUUGUGUGAGACCCACAUGCCCACUGCAUGUAUUUAAUCAACAUCUUUUUUGAAUUGAUUUAUUUUUUGUAGGGUAAAUAACACACACUUUAAGCAUGUAAUGAGCUUCAAUAAAUGGGCAAAUAGGUUGA